CACAUAUGGUUUUAAAUGUGCUGUAGGGAUCACCUGGAGAGCUAUACUAGUGACUACACCGUUCAGGUCCUUGUGGGAUACUGUGUAGUCUACAUUUUUAUGCAGACAUUUAUGAUCCCAGGAACAGUUUUCAUGUCACUGCUUGCUGGAUCUCUCUUUGGAAUCUUCAGAGGUGUAGCACUGGUCGUGUUCACCGCUACUGCGGGUGCAUCAUCUUGCUAUUUUCUAUCAAAACUGAUUGGGCGGCCUCUCGUGUUCUCACUGUGGCCUGAUAAGUUAACUUUCUUCAGAGACCAGGUGGCUAGAAGGCGAACACGGCUGCUAAAUUACAUGCUUUUCUUGAGAGUUACACCGACACUGCCAAACACAUUUAUCAAUGUUGCUUCACCAAUCCUGGAUGUGCCUUACCAUAUAUUCUUCUUUGCAACUGUCAUUGGGAUCAUUCCAGCUGCUUAUGUCACUGUCAGGGCUGGAAUAACUCUUGGCGAAUUGCAGUCAGUGGGUGAUCUCUAUGACAUGCAUUCUAUAGCUACUCUUUUCCUUAUCGGUCUUGUAACUGUUACGCCCACAUUGAUUGGCAACAAGAGCUAAUUAUAGAGCUCAGCUUCAGCAGAAAACAUUGUGAAGUGCCACGACUACCAUUAACAUUCCUCGGCAUGACUUCAUUAUCUGUACAGAUUAGCAUUAGACAAGUGCAUUGUGCUCGAGUCUUUGCCUCAAAAAGUUAUGCAGCUAUUGAAUUUGAUCCUGAAGCAUUUGUUUGAAAAAACAGCCCAAAAAAAAGGAUCUGAUGUCAUUUGAAGAUAUUCAUGUGUAAGCUUCCCGUCAUGAUUCUGUAAUAGUUUAUUUGCGAUGCUAUUCGAAAACGUUGCCUUAGAUCUUAUAUUCAUUUCUUUUAUCUGUUUCCUUUU